UGGUCUUCCUCUCAGAGAGUGUCAGCAAAUACAUCGGCAUGACACAGCUGGAGCUGCUUGGACAGAGCGUGUAUGAGUUUGUUCAUCCCUGUGACCAAGAAGAAUUGCGAGACAUCCUCGCCACAAGACCUGGUGUUUCAAAGAAAAAGACAGAGAUGUUGACCAAACAUAAUUUUUUCCUUCGGAUGAAGAGCACACUCACCCACACAGGAAGAACAGUUAAUAUCAAGUCUGCAACCUGGAAGGUCCUUCAUUGCACAGGACACAUGCAGACGUUCAGCGGCGAUGAUGAGAACUCGCCCCCUGCUGGCAGCUUCCUGACUUUGCUGUGCGAACCCAUUCCUCACCCCUCCAGCGUUGAAUUCCCACUAGACAGCAGCACCUUCCUCACACGCCAUAACAUGGACCUGACUUUCACACAAUGUGACGGACGAGUCACUGAGCUUGUUGGAUACCAACCCGAAGAUCUGAUUGGCCGGUCUGCCUAUGAGUUUUAUCACACCCUUGAUUUUGAUCACGUGACCAGGAGUUUACACAUCUUGUUCUCCAAGGGCCAGGUGUGCACCAGCCAUUACCGCUUUCUGGCUAAGAAUGGAGGAUUUGUCUGGACUGAGACUCAAGCCACUGUCCUCUACAACAGCAGGACCUCUCAACCCGAGGCUGUGGUCUGCCUCAACUUUAUCCUCAGUGGUGUGGAAGAGGCAGAUGUUGUGUUCUCACUAGAACAGACCUGUGAGAAACCAAAGCCCAGAGCUGAGAAGCUGAGCGUGCUGGAGGAGGAGAAGGACUCCGACAUGGAGGAGGAGAGCAACACUGCGAAGCUCUUCCUCCAGAUGAAGGAGAACCCAGAAGAGUUACUGCAGCUGGCACCUCACUCUGGAGACACUAUCAUUUCCCUAACAGAGUGUGUGGAGUUGUCCUUCUGCUGUCCACCGAGUCCCAACAUUCUCCCAGAAAGCCCUCAGGACCUCUGUACGCCUGAACUCCGCAAGCUCCUCUCUCCAAUAUUCGACAGGCCCACCAAAUCUCCACCCGUUGCGAGCCCCGCUGAAGAGCUGCCCAUGGAGACGGAAGGGGUGGAGAAGUUCUUCGCCCUCAAACCGGAGGAGAGCAUAACUCUGAAAGGACAGUCAGAGGCUAUGGAUGAGCUUGAUUUGGACAUGUUGGCUCCAUAUAUCUCCAUGGAUGAUGACUUCCAGUUGACCUUCCUGCCCCAGAGUGAAACGGCUGCACCUUCAGAUAUGCUGACCAACACUUCAAGGAAACGAGGUUUGGAAGAUGAGGAGGAAGAUGACAUUCCCAUUCUGGCUGCCAAAUGGGAGAAGAAACCGAAGAGCGGCUCCAUAGAGGAACAGCUUCUGCUCAGCCACACAUUACUGAAUACCUUAUUCGACGAUGGUUCGGAAGAAUUUGAACCGCCACCUCAAAAGCGAAGUCAGCUCUUGACCGACAGGGACCCGUUGCUGGGUGGAGCCCAAGCGUUGUGUGACACAGCAACUCUCAUGAGGGACACCUUCCUGUCGCGCCCGCCUGACUUGAUGAGGCCUGUUGCUGAAACAAUGCCCUCCCUUACUUGAAGAGAAAACAAUGUGGACGAGUCAUCAGCAAUUACAGUGACCGUUAUCAAAGAGGGUUAUGAAAACCCUUUCCACGCUCCGCAUGUAUCAACAUAACGUAUUUCAGAGAGUGACCUUUUACGCACAAAACACAGGAAGGACAAUUGGCCUAAACACUCUGUCCAUUAUAUGUCAAAUAUUUUUAUUAUUAUUAUUUUAAUUUGUUUUUGCCCAAAUACUAUAACCAAGAGUAGUCAAAAUAGACUUUAGUUAGUAGAAUUAGUAUAAUAUAGUGAUUGGUAAUGAGUUCUCAGCAGACAUUUCUAAAAAAAAAUAAUGGUGCUCUGAUCUCCCCUUGUUUUCUGCCGUUCAGUCCGAGUUCGUCCAAAGCACAAAUGUGGCCAAAGGGUGUUUGAAAUCGAAGAUAAACUGGUCAGGAUAUGUUAGAAAUAGUGUUAACAUGCUGUUCUACCACUUGUAGCCUUAAUCUAAACCUAUAAUAUCAACUUCAAGCAUAACCUCACUUGACUGUAAGUUUAUCUGAAAGAAGCUUGACGAGAGGAUUUCUUACAGCGGUUCUGUCUAGAAUCAUGGGUUAGAGCAGUUUAAGGGCUGACUUUGAGUGGAUGUGAUCAUGCUUUUGAGUUCAUAGAUUAUUCACUGAGGCCAUAGCUGACAAACGCAACAAAUAAUCUAUUGGUGAUCAUCUUUUUAUAAAGCAUUUUAUAUACUUUUGCAAUUACAGCUUGUAAGUCAAUCUAUACUUAUGUGUCUUUGGUGUUUAAUUACAACCCUGUGUCACUUCCAGUAUGUUGAAUGAUCUGUAAUGGUUUUCAAAGAGGCUAUGGUGUUGACGCUGCAGUCGUAUUGACUGAAAACCUUGUCUGAUGUCUUUUUGAAUCCUAAGAUUGAGAUGCUAACACGACAAAUGUGCUAAUCAGUUGGAUGAAAGUGGUUGCAGCAAGCGAUCGCCUUUAGUUUUGUCGUUUGUUGAUGUUUCUAGACUAUCUUUUAUGCAGCAGAGGCAGUUUUUUUAAAUUGUGGCAUACAGGAUUAGGUGUGGUGCUUUUUUUCAGUUGACUGUGAAUCAGAUAUAUUCCCUUGAUUUCUGUAGCUAGUACAGACGUGACUCAAGGGGCCUUAUUCAAAUAGUGUCCGAUAAGACACAUGCCUUUCUCAUAUGGAUAAAAGCUCUUCAGAUAUCUUAGACUGUAUUUUUUAUUUAAUUUUUUUUAUUUUUUAUAUUACCUUGUGUAUUUUUGCAUCAUUUAUUUCCAAUGUACUUAUACCUUGUAUUGACUGGUAAAGAAAUAAAACAUUUUAAAUGCAA